CUCCACACAACAUCCGCCCUCACCUUCUCAUCCAACGCAAGAUCCCUUCACAUCUCCAGGUGGUGGUGCCUCACCAGGUUGUAAUCUUGGUCGGAUAGUGACGGUUCCCCUUGCCGCUUUAGGUGGCUUUACAAUUGAGAUUGGAAAGAAGGUUGGAAAAGUCUUUGAUAUUAGAAAAAAGAGAAGAGGAUAG